AACUAACGUAAGGUAGGACCUUCAGUUGUGUUAAGAAGUGUCGCUUCUGGUACAGCCUUCACAUGCUCUUCAAGGACUUCAGUAGGGAAUGAUGUCUGGAAUGGGGGGUGGGAAGCGUGCAGCAGGACUUGGCGGGGACAGCCCUACUGGACCUCCUGAAAAGAAAGGGAAGAAAGAAGAGAAAACUACCACCACAUUAAUUGAGCCUAUUCGCAUAGGUGGUGUCUCCUCCACGGAGGAGAUGGACAUGAAAGUGCUACAGUUUAAGAAUAAGAAACUAUGUGAGCGUCUAGAGCAACGGCAGGCUAUGGAGGAUGAGCUACGUGAGAGGAUUGAGAAGCUGGAAAAGCGGCAGGCCACUGAUGACACCACACUUCUUAUUGUCAACCGCUAUUGGAGCCAGUUGGAUGAUAAUGUCCAGAUCUUACUCCACCGUUUUGACCCAGAGGAGACCCAGGCAGCAUGCCCAACUCCAGGCCCUGAAGAAAAAGACAGCAGACAGCUCCAGCCUCAGGCAUCAGAGGAGGAGCAAUCUGAUGAAUUUCAGAAAGCAGAGGGGGACAUGCAGCAGGAUGGCAGCCAUGGCCUCAUGUCUCCCCCUGCUCCACUCAGUGACAGUGCAAAGACCUUCCUCUGCACUCUGGGCAGCAGCAGUGAGGAGGAGCUUAGUCUGCAGCUGCAGGACAGGAUGCAGUUUAGCAAAGUGUCUGUGGCCCGUAUUGUCUGCGUCUUUGACCAGCUGCACCGGCGCAUCGAGGACCUCUGUGCCCGCAUUCAAACUGCUGUGUGUGAUGAAGACACUCAGAAUGAAAUCCUCUCCCUGAAUCGUACACUGUUGAAGGAGAACAUCAGCCUGCAGGACCUGGCCGCCUCCCUGCAGGGUCGACACCACAAGAUGUCUCUAGAGUAUAAUGAGCUGGUGGACAAGGUAACAAGCUCAGAGACCAAAGUGUCUGAGAUGGAGACCACUGUGGAGGACUUGCAGUGGGACAUUGAGAAACUUCGCAAGAGGGAGCAGAAGCUCAACAAACACCUGGCUGAAGCCUUGGAGCAGCUGAAUUCAGGGUACUAUACCUCUGGGAGUUCAGGGGGGUUACCUGGAGGUCAGAUCACACUCAACAUACAGAAGUUUGAGCUGUUGAAUGCCGAGCUGGAGCAAAACCAGGAGCUGGCCAAUAACCGCAUGGCAGAGCUGGAGAAGUUGCAGGUGGAGCUUCAGGAGGCUGUGAGGGAAAGUGAGAAGCUCAAGAUGGACCUGCGAAACAUACCAGAGGAGGUGGUGAAGGAGACCCUAGAGUACAAGUGUUUGCAGUCACAGUUCUCCCUGCUCUACAAUGAGUCCCUGGGGGUGAAGACCCAGUUGGACGAGGCUCGGGCUCUGCUGCUCACUGCAAAAAAUGCACACUUGAGACAGAUUGAGCACAUGGAGAGUGAUGAACUUUCACUCCAGAAGAAGCUGCGUACAGAGGUUAUUCAGCUGGAAGACACCCUGGCCCAGGUGCGCAAGGAAUAUGAAAUGCUAAGGAUUGAGUUUGAGCAGAAUCUUGCUGCCAACGAGCAAGCAGGUCCCAUCAAUAGAGAAAUGCGUCACCUGAUCAGCAGUUUGCAGAACCACAACCACCAACUGAAGGGAGAUGUGCAACGUUACAAGAGGAAGCUGCGUGAGACACAGAUGGAGAUUAAUAAGUUGCGUUGUCAGAGUGGGGAGAUGGGAAUUUCAAUAUCAGAGGAGACAGGGAGUGAUGGAGGUGUGGAUUUGAAAAAAGAGGAGGAUGAAGAGCAGGAAGAAGAGGAGGAAAGGAGGAGGGAGCUGGAGAGGCAGCGAGUCCGGGAGAGAGAGAGGGAGGCAGAGAGGGAGCGUGAAAGGGAACGUGAACGGGAACGAGAGCGACAGCGCAGUGAGGAGCUGAAGAGGAAGGACUCUGACACACUGAAGCUACUGAGGGCUGAGCUCAAGAAAGCUCAGGAGUCCCAGAAGGAGAUGAAGCUGCUUCUGGACAUGUACAAAUCGGCUCCAAAAGAGCAGAGAGACAAAGUGCAGCUCAUGGCUGCUGAGCGCAAGUCCAAAGCUGAGGUGGAUGAGUUAAGAGGACGAGUGAGAGAGCUAGAGGAGAGGGAAAGGAAGGAGAGCAAGAAGCUGGCUGAUGAGGAUGCCCUUAGGAAGAUCCGUGUGGCAGAAGAGACCAUUGACCACCUGCAGAAGAAACUUACUGCGACAAAACAGGAAGAGGAGGCCCUGCUCAGUGAGAUGGAUGUCACCGGCCAGGCUUUUGAAGACAUGCAAGAACAGAAUAGUCGGCUGAUGCAGCAGCUGCGGGAGAAGGAUGACGCAAACUUCAAGCUAAUGAGUGAGAGAAUCAAAUCCAACCAGAUCUACAAGCUACUAAAGGAGGAGAAGGAGGAGCUGGCUGAUCAGGUGCUGACACUCAAAACCCAGGUGGAUGCUCAGCUGCUGGUUGUGCAGAAGCUGGAGGAGAAAGAGGGGAUUCUCCAGAGCUCUCUGGCUACACUGGAAAAAGAGCUAGGGCUUCGCACACAAGCACUGGAACUCAAUAAGAGGAAGGCUGUAGAGGCAGCUCAGCUCGCAGAGGACCUGAAGGUGCAGCUGGAGCACACACAAGCCAAGCUACGGGAGAUCCAGGCCUCUGUGUCUGAUAACCGUACGGCUCGUGAGAAGGAGAGCUUUAACCUCAAGAGGGCACAGGAGGACCUGUCCAGGCUGCGUCGGAAGCUGGAGAAACAAAAGAAGGUGGAAGUGUACACAGAUGCUGAUGAAAUUCUGCAGGAAGAGAUAAAUCAGUACAAGGCAAAGCUGCGUUGCCCCUGUUGCAACACUCGUGACAAGGAGACAGUGCUGACGAAGUGUUUCCACGUCUUCUGCUAUGAAUGUUUGAAGACACGCUAUGAUACUCGCCAGAGAAAAUGCCCAAAGUGCAAUGCAGCCUUUGGAGCCAAUGAUUUCCACCGAAUUUACAUCACUUAAAUCAAGUUAUAAAAAGGGAACCAUAAAUGGGGUUUCGAAAAGAGAAUAUUUUACUAACGAUGAGGGGAAAAGAGGAAUGGAUUAGAAAGGGGAGUGUAGGAGAAUGUAAGAAAUUUCUUCACCAGAUGCUUCCAAACUGUUUUCACUGC